AUGAAUGAACUAAUUGAAAAAUGGAUUAAAGUUUAUCUCAAAAGUUAUAUUAAUUUGGUUUUAUACCAUAGAAAUGUCUAUCCUUCUAUUACAUUUGAAUUAACUACAUACCAAGCAUUUACCUUACCGAAGUUUAUUCCAAUAAACAGACAUCAGGGCUUACAACAAUAUAUUGAAGAGUUAAUCAAUGAUGUUCUAAGCAAACUUAUACAUAUAUUUAAAGUUUCUAUUGGUAUAAUAGACAAAGAAAAUAAUGUUUGCAUUGAAAAGUAUGUCUUAGAUUUUGGAGAAUUUCAACAUCUUGAUGAUAUCAGUUCCUUAACAGAAAUGGAUGUUUACAAUGAAUUCAGGUCUAGUUUAAACUGUUUGAUAACUCAGUUAGAGGACAUGCCACAAGUUAAAGAUGACACUGUCGCCUUCCAAGUCUUUAUUAAUACUGUAGAGUAUAAUCCAUUAGCUACUAUUGAAUCCAUUGAAAGAGUAUCAAAUGAGGAUAUAAAGAAUACUUUUGAUAGAGCAGCUAAUUGGACAAAGUGUGAGGAACACGAAUAUAUUGAAAAUCUGCAUGAAAAUAACGGACAGCCUAAAGUUAAAUUAAUAUCCUUAAUUGGAUGUGACAUCGGACCCUUUGUCAUUUACAAUUAUAUUGAGCAAUUAAUGAUUAAAGAUAUGAAUCAUGUCUACUCUACUUUAAAUAGUAACAAAGAUGGUACGAGUUCUAUGGGCUCGAUAUGA